AAUGGAGCUCGCCCGGACACAUUGACAUAAGAACACAUUUAUGUUUAGAUUCUCACAUGUGUAGCUAGCAAGACCGGUGGCUAAAACUAUUUGAUCGCUUUUUCGGUUUACCUCUCAAACAAGAUGGGGAAGAAACGGUCGAGUGAAGAUGUGGAUGAGUCCAAAAAGCAUGCGAAGAAAGGAAAAGUAUCUGAGACAGCAGAGUUCAAUGGAACCGUUUUUAAAGCCAUGUUGAAGGAGCCGACCAAGGCAAUGAAGGGCUUGGAGACAUUCAUCACGACAGCAAGGAAGCUGCCAUCCCCUGACCUGUAUGACGUUGUUGAGGGUUACAUCAAGAUCUCCAUGGAAUGUUCUGAGAUCUUCAAACUGCUGGAGGGAGACAAGCAGAUGGAGAGUGAAAUGAUGGUGAUCUUCCAGAGUUUGGAGAUGAUUCUGCUGCGUACGGCCAGUGAUCUCUCUCAUUUCAGCAUGGUGGGAUCCACUAUAGUCAAGAAGGUUGUCUCUAGCUAUAUGAAACUAAUACAGAUGUCCCUAAACUCAGAAAACCACAGGUUUGUCCGUCAGUGCCUGAGUUUCCUGUCAGCCAUGGUGUCCCAGGGAGCCGACACAGCCAGGGAAGUCUUCAGCCACUUCCACUUCACCAAAGGCCUGUCUGCUUUGGCCAAGAGGAAGGAUAGGAUGGGUAGACCUGAUGUUCGCAUGGCUUACACCCAGUUUGCUCUCUCCUUCCUGGUCUCUGGUGACAACGCUACUAUUGGACAACUACUGGAGAUGAAAGAUUUCCUGCCAGACAUUCUAAGCAGCGGACUGACGGAGGAUCGUAUCUCCACUGUCAACCUGAUUCUGUCUACUCUGCAGACUAAGGUGGUCCAGCGACAAGGCAUCAGUAAGACCCAGAAGGUGCGUUUCUUCACCCCAUUUCUCCUGGCCCAGAUUGCAUCUCUCUACGGGUGGCAUGGCAUUGUGGAUGCAAGCACAGACGACAGCAAGAUGGCAGGGAAUGCAGAGGAAGCAGGGCAGAUGGUCGUGAGGAAACUGGUUCACAACUUCCUCCUGAAUCUAUGCUGCUCCCGGAAGCAUGGCAUCAGUUUCCAUGACCCCAGCUUUGGAACUGCCGGCAGGGUUGGGAACAUUGUGCUACUGCAGUUUGUGGUGGGGCUGAAGCAGGCUACAGAAGAUGACCUGGUCUCUGAUCUGAUGGCCAAUAUACUAAGGGCCAGCCCUGACAUCUUGGGCAGGUUCUUCAAGGAGACCAAGUACUCCUUCACCCCUCGCCUCAAAUCUGCCUGGACGGACAGCAUCACUCUGCUCAAAAAGAUCUACGAGUCUCAGCCAGAGGUGUCCAUGGCCUUCCAGACCAGAGAGGUCGUUCCACUGCCCCGCCUCCUGUCCAUGGUGCUGGUGACAUCACUUCCUCCCGUCUGUAACAAGGCCUUCUUCACGCAGGGCAUCAACUUUGCCAACGCGGUGGUACAGCACACGACCCUGUCCCUGAUGUCGUUCCUCCUGAAGAGAGCUCAGAGGAACAUGGAGUUGUGUCUGGACCGCUCUGUGUGGCUCGCCUCUGAUCUAUACACCCCAGCCACCAUGGAGGACUUCACACAGCAGUACAGGGAGGCCCUGGGCAAGGUUCUACCGGACAUGACGAGCAUCGUGUCCAAAUGGCAGUCACUAUCCAAGAAGGAGAAAGGAGGGAAGGAAUCGAAGAAGGAAGGAAAGAAGGAAGGAGACGUCAAAGAGAACGCAACUAAAGUUGAACAACCCGCCCCGUCAGGCCCCGACUCUCCUGAGGUCAUCCUCCUGAAGGCCCUCAUCCUCCAGGUCAUGUGUCUCUACCAGAAGGUGGUGCCUCAUCUGGUUAGCCAGAGCAAGUUUGACUUCAGCAAGCUGCUCAAAGGUAUUGUGUCAGAGAAAGGUAUGAGAGAGGAGGUCCCUCCAGUUCUUCAACACCAGAUACUACAACUGGCCCUGGACCUGCCGGCCAGCAAGUUCUCCUGGUUCAAAGUUCAGGAUCAUGUGGAGACGGGCUCUGGGGAGAAGAAUGUGUUCUUCCUGCUCCUCAAGAUGUUUGUGAGCAGCAACAACAGCCACCUGAAGAUCUCUACCAGGAAACUGGUGGUCAAGGUGCUGAAAGACAGCGGAGUGUUUGAGUACACCUGGUCUGAGCUGGAGCUGUGGCUGAAUCACCUGGACGGACUACAACCAGACCAGCAGGACACAGUCAUACACUUCCUGGAGAGGGUGCUCAUGUCUCUGGUGUGUAACCCCUACACCUACACAGACAAGGUGGCCAGUCUUGUCCAGGAGGCAGCCUACCUACAGGCCAAUCUUAGCGGCCAGGGCGGAGACACCGCCAGCAUCCCCAUCUCACACAUAGACGACGUGAUGGACAUGGUCGACGUGAUCAUGGAGGGCAGCGAGGGGGAGACGGAGGAGCUGGGCCCGGCGCUUAGUGAUGACCUCAUCCUCCAGACCUUCCCUUUCAGUGCCGUGGUACCUGCUGUCCUGGAGGCCAGGAACAAACUACCUGCUACCUACAGAGCGGAGAAUGGUGUAGUAUACGACUACAUGGCAACAGUCCUAUGUGAUGUGCUCCACUGUCAGAGAGACCCUCUGCCCCUCAGCCUGGCUCUUCUACAGUACGAUAAAGAGCUGAACUCCUCUGAAGACCCAGGUCCCCCCCAUCACUCCGUCAUUCACCUGCAUCACUACUACACAACAUGGCUGCCCCAACAGGCCCGGGAAAAUCUGUUCCAGUCCUGUGAAAGCCCUUCCCAUGUCUCUCCUAGUCCUGUGACCUUCACUGGUCUACUGAAGACAGCCUACACCCAAGGGGCCUCUGCCCUGCUAGAAGACUCCUUCAGACGGAGACUAGAGAAGAGUCUGGUCACUAUGGAGAUGGCAGAGUAUCCUGUUGCAGCCAAGCAGAUCCUACUGUACAUCAAAACCACUGUGGACAACUUCAGCACGAUGUCUAAAAACACAGGGCUGCUGGCGCUCAAUGUCCUUAUGGGAGUUCUCCAGGGGUUGGUGUCGAGGCUUCAGAGACCACAGGAACCAGCUGAGGAAACCGAGGCAGAGCCCAUGGUCGAAGGAGAGACUGAGCCCAUGGUCGAAGGCGAGACUGAGCCCAUGGUCGCUGAUCGGAAGGCAGCGGAGACGGCAGACACCAUGGCUGUGGAUCCCAAGGUGGCGGCAGAGACGGAGCCUAUAGCUAUGGACCAGGACACAGCCACUGUAGUAGAUCCAGCCAAGGCAGCAGAACCCAAAGCUGUGGACCUCCUGAAUGGAUCAGAGCUCUUCCUGGAGUUCAACCCGUCUUCUGAGGCAGAGGACGACGACAAGAGCCUGGUGGUGUUGUCAGUGCUGAGCGCCAUCCUGAAGCACCCGUGUAUCGAGCAGUGGUUCCUGUCUCUGGAGUUGGCCUCUGUCCCUCCUACAUCUCUCAACCCCGUCAGGCUGAAGCUGCUGUGUGCUCAAAUGUCUGACUGCAUCCUGAGUCUAUUACAGACGUCUGCCUCCGUCCUUCGACCUCUGGACUCCCUCUAUCUCCUCUCCCCUUACCUAGAGGCUGUAUCAAGGGCUCUGCUCAGAGAGCUGGGGGACACCGGGGAGAGGAGGGAGACCCGGCCUGUGAGAGCCUUCAUGGCCCUGCAUGCCUACAUGGAACCCUCGGUCCUCCAGGAGCUGGUCUCCUCCCUUCUCCUCCUCCCCAAGGAGACCCUCGUCACCCCGGGGGAGGGUGACGGGGAGGGAGAGAAGAGCUCCAGAGCAACAGAGCUCAGUGUCUACGGACGCACGGCUCUACAGGUCCUCACUGAGACCUCCUCCACCAACACCUCUUCAUCUGGCUCCCCUGUCCUCCUCCUCUCCCAGGCCUACCUCCAAGGCCUGGCCACCCUGCUCCUCUCCUGCUCCAGCCCGUCUCUGGAGACCUUCCUCCUGCAGGCUCUGAGGUCCCAGCCAGGCAACGCUAAGCUCCUACACACUGACGUCCUGCUCCACUGUCUCCAGGGGCCUCUUACUGCAGCCACCCAGGACCUCGGGGUAGCCCUGCUGCAGAACAGCUGUACUCACAGGCUCUGCUUCGAGGUGUGGUGCCUACAGCCGCAACACCUGGAGAAACUCACAGACCAGACAGAGACAUUCCUACCGCUGGUCAACAGUUACCUGCAGACUGCAGCCAGGGAGGAUCCCGCCAGGCCUAAAGAAGUUCAGACAGCGGUGCUGAAGGCCCUGAAGAAGGCCCUGUUCCCCAGGCUGAGCCUCUCUGUGCUGGGGCAGGAGACAGGGGAGGCCCUGGAGGUCGUGGAGGCUCUGUCUAGUCUGAUCAGACUGGCAGCUAAGGUCAAGGACAUCAGAGAGCUCGUCACCUCCUUGCCUGCUGCCCUGGAGAAACUAGACGGCUUUGAGAGAUGGCAGCUGGUGGACCCCAUCAGUGCUGUGCUGUCUGUUAGUCCCGAGGAGCUCGAGGUGUGGAGGAUGUCAGUGCUCUCUGCUGCCCUCCGGUGGCUGAGCUCAUCCUACAGUCACAACAGAGACCAGGACACGGCACCACUCACACAGGAGGACAGCAUACUUAAUAGACUAACAGUACUACUGACUUUUCCAGAAGACAUCACAGCAGCUGAAUGGAACAGAUUUGUCAAGGCUGGACUGAAGUGUCGCUACAGAGACCCUAACUUCCUGAGCACCCUAAACAGGAUGUUGGAUCUGAUGUAUGGAGGUGAAGGACCUAAAGACCUGGUGCCUCUACCUACCAUUCACAUGAUGGCCUCCAGCCACUCCCUGUUCCUACCCAUCAUGCUGGGAGACGAGGAGGACCUUAGUGGGAACACACAGGUUAAAGAGGCCCUGGUCUCUCUCCUGCUCAGCCUAGUGAAGAGAAGUCCUGCUGUCUGUAACAGCAGCCACUUCGUAGUUCUACUGGGAGGGUACGGAGCUACUCUCAGUACUACAGAUCAGAAGCUGUUUCUGCUGCUGCAGGAGUAUGAACGAAACGGCAUCAGUCUGGUAGACUUUCAGUGCAUGCUUUGGGGCCCAGCGGCGGUGGAGCACCAUAAGGCCCGAAGAAGCCUGGGCGCUUCCUUGUGGCAGCAACCCAGCUCUGAGGACCUCUUGGCUCUGCUCAGCCCUGACACCAUGAUCAACACCAUUACUCACUUCCCCCUGCAACGCAGGAUCAUCCUACAGGAGGGUAAAGAGCUGAUUUUCAAAGAUGAGGAAGUGAAGGAUCUUGGGAGUGUGUACGACCCGUGUUUCCUCCUGCCUCUGUUCAGCGCCAUGCUUCAGCCAGAGUCUGUGAUAGACUGUCUGAAGUUUGUGUCGAGUCACGGCCUUGGUGUGACGAUGGUGUCCCUGAGUAGUUAUGACCCCAAGCUGAGGGCAGCGGCCUACCAGGUCCUGGCUUCGUACCUCCACCAUCUGGAGGCUGCUCGCUUCAGAGAGAGGAGACAGCUGUUGUACCUGUUGAACAUGGUAAAGAAUGGGAUCAGACAGCAGAACCUCAGGAUCCCCUUCUUACUGACCACGUACGUCACGAAGGUGGCCCAGCAGAUGCUGAAACCAGAGGACCACAUGUACGUGGUGGUGAACUGGUUCCUGCUCUCCCAUCAGUGUCUGGACUUCAGAAGGAUUCCAGAGUUCUUCAAACUGUUCUACAGCUGUGACAUGGAGCACAAGGUGGAGAGGGAGUGGAUUCUGUCGGUCCUAGCGGAGGGCCUGACAGACAGACAUUGUUAUGAGCUGUUGGACCGACAGGGGAUCUUCCAGACACUGCUAGGAUUCUGCUGCAGCCCACUCUGUGACCAACACACUCGGACUCUGAUAGUGAGAGUCCUGCACCAGGCUGGCCGUGUGACCAAAGCAGCCUACAGCCUGACCAAGGACCACGGGCUCCUCACCUGGGUUCUACAGCUGCUGGAGAGGAGUCAUAUAGACCAGGGUCUGCUGGAUGCUGUGGUAGAGCUGCUCCAUGUGAUGUGGUUCACCAACCUGGGCCAGAAGGAGAGCCAUGGUGAGGGAGCCUCCUCUUCCUCAUCCUCUUCCUCCACGGCCAAGGAGGACAAACCGCAGGGAUACAGCACUCCAAAGGUUCUCCCUCUACCCUUCAUCAACCAGUUCCUGUGUGUGGCCAUCACCAUCAUCAGACAUCUGAGGCUGGUGAAGGCAGGUCAGCUGAGCCUGUAUCUCCAGACUCUGAGCUCCAUCCUGCAACAUUGUGGAACAGCUAUGAGGGUCCACCAGGAGGCUGGCUGGCUGACCUUACGACCCCAGGCUCUUUCCUCCCAAGACGCCCUCGCCCUCCUCCACCGCUGGAGCACGCUGACCCACAAUGCACCUCUCCUCAGCCAGCUGCAGACUGUGGCGGAGAAACACAAAGUCAAGGCGCUGCUGGGGUCGGGUAGGGAGAAAGGCAGAGGGGGAAGCUUCUCUGUCCAGGCCCGUUCUAACUCCCGACCAAAGGAUCAGGGGGAGGAAGGAGAGGUAGAGAGACGAGAGGAGGAGAAGACUCUGCUGGAGAAGUGUAUUCCUCACCUCAGGAAUAUCUUUACCCACUGGGAGCCUGCCUCCCUUGCCUGCCCCCCCUCUUCCCCCGCCAGCCAACCUCCCUCCCCUGACCUCCAUACUCCCCUCUCCACCCCCCUGGCCAACACCACAGCCCAUCUUCUCACCAGGUGGUUCCUGAACUCCUUGGUAGAGGGAGCCUCCACCUAUGAGGACAAAAGGACAGUCCACUUCCUUCGCUGGUUCCAGAAGACUGUCCUGUCUCACAGAUUCAUAGUGGACCUGGUGCUGGCUGACCCUGCUGUGAGACUGGACCUGCUUCGUCUCUAUCACCAGGCCUGUGAGCCCCAGCCCCAGGCCCAGGCCCAGGCCCAGGCCCAGCCCCAGGCCCAGAUCUCUUCCAGGGUAGAGCACGUCCAGCUGUUCACCAACAUUAUGAUCCAGCUCCUGGAAGCCAGAGGCUGCACUGAGAGUGACCUGCACAGGGCCGUGCUCACAGCAUGCUCCCUAGGAACAACAUGUGAUGACCAGACCACGAAGGAAGGUCUGAUGUUACUGUCUCUGUACAUCCAUGAGAUGUGGAGCGAAGUGAAGAGCCCAGAGCUGUUCCUGAACCAUGUCAGAGUGGUGAAGGAGAUCCAGGCUUCGUUAGGGACCACGGACCAGAAGAAAAAGUCCAAACGGAGUUCCCAGACACACACAGGCCUCAGAACCAUCUGUAGUGACCUCCUCUCAGGACUGCAGUCUACUGUUUCACCAUAGGGGUUAUAUAGCUGGGGCCCGCAUUACACCCUAUUGAGUACACUAUUUCUUAACCAGGGCACGUGGUCUCUGGUCAAAAAGUAGUGAACUACACUGAGUGUACAAAACAUUAAGAACACCUGCUCUUUCCAUGACAGACUGACCAGGUGAAUCCAGGUGAAAGCUAUGAUCCCUUAUUGAUGUCACCUGUUAGAACCACUUCAAUCAGUGUAGAUGAAGGGGAGGAUACGGGAGUCAACAUGGGCCAGCAUCCCUGUGGAACGCUUUCAACACCAUUUUAGAGUCUCCAUGUCCCGACGAAAUUAAGGCUUUUCUAAGGGCAAGAGGGGGGUAGAAACUCAAUGUUUGGAAGGUGUUCCUAAUGUUUGGUGUACUCUGUGUGUGUAUCGGGAAUAGGGAACAGUUCCAUACAGUAGAUUCAGAGUUGAGAUAAGUGCGUACAACUCAGACUCUUGUGCAAAUCAUCAAUUUACGUCUAGUGAGAGAGGACAUUUUCAAGUCAGAAUACAGCAUGCAUACUUGUACAAAUUUGAAAACGGUAUUCACUCAUAAAAUGGAAGCCUCCUUAUCUUGAAAACGGUAUUCACUCAUAAAAUGGAAGCCUCAAUAUCUUGAAAACGGUAUUCACUCAUAAAAUGGAAGCCUCAUUAUCUUGAAAACGGUAUUCACUCAUAAAAUGGACGCCUCAUUAUCUUGAAAACGGUAUUCACUCAUAAAAUGGACGCCUCAUUAUCUUGCAUCUGAAUUUUCUAAAAUAAGUUGUGUGUUAUGUAUGAAAGUCAUUCAUUUCAUUUAUUGUUCAAAACAUUUACUUCUCUUUUAUUAAAUGUUGUAAAACUG